CGAAACGUUGACAGCAAAAGUAACACAAAUCGUGCUGGGCUUACCGUUGGCUUCCAUCUUCGCCAAUCGAACGUAUGCUCCCUCACCGAUUAGACAGGCGUCGCAUCGGCUAGAGGCACCUCCCACAGGAAAAGCCGCAAUGCAGCUGUAGCCGAGAUUGUAACGGUAUACCCCGCAAUGGUACAUGCCUCUGCAAACGCAAGAUGCGCCUUAUGCAUCUAUUAUUAUUAACGUUGUCUCAGCUUGUAUGCAGCAUAUCGGUGUGCGUAGAGGAUGAGCAUGCAAGAUAGGGCCCUUGGCUCCGGUACUUAUCGGUGGCUGUUUAUCGCAUGCAACUAGGAGACAUUCUCCGGAAUACCGUUCUGGUCACGAUUGCCGGUAAGCAGCUAGGGUCUGGGGUGCAUUGCAGAAUCCCUGGCAGGAGGGGAGGGGUCAGGAACCCCAACGUCGAGAGUCACCUACAGUGGAGCCUUGUACUGCCGGAGAGAUUUGGAGGUACCCUGGAAUGUUCUGAGCGCCUUCUGUACGCGUCUCAUGGAGCGUGCAAUCCGUGCAAUCCGUGCAAUCUCGGUCAUGAUCUCCCCGACUCGGUUCGACUUUCUUUCGAGACGAGCAUGUGCACUAUCGAGCCGCUGAGAAGCGGCUGUCGGUUCCAAUUCGGUGACAACUCUGUUCCGGCACGUAUCGCAACGAGCCCCAAAACGGAUCGAAUUCGCAAGCGAACGGCUGAUACAACUCGGCCCUUUCAGACAACACGCGGUUUCUCUGUGACAAGAGAUCCGAGAGAUUUGUCGUGCAUGGUGUUGGAGAGCACCAUGUCAGUACAUGUGGCAUGAUGAGACGGUACGGAGUCCACUUCCAGCUCAAUCAGAGAAGUAGCUGUACCUUGUCAGCUGUUAGCCUCAUUUGCUCCAAUAGAGCUUGUCCAUGCCUC